AUGACAAAUAUUGAUAUUUUUUCUUUAUUCAUUUCCCAGGGCCUGUGUCAUCUGCAUAAACAGAAGGUCAUCCAUCAUGACCUGAGGCCCCAGAAUAUAAUAGUGACAUCAUCCGCUGAUGUAAAGAUCACCGACUUCAGCUCUGCCACCAUGGAGACAAGCAGUGUUAGUACUUCUGGGACUAUACCAUACAUGGCCCCAGAAGUACUCAGCAACAUUAGCACCAAGACCAUCCGCUACAACUCUAAGGCUGAUAUCUGGUCAUUGGGAAUAUCAGCGCUGGAAAUGGCAGAAGGAUAUUAUCCAUUCAGCAGACUUCCCGAAAAUAAGCUGAUGAAGAGGGUUAUGCACGGUCCCGCACCAACAUUACUAUGGGACAAAUGGAGUGACAACUUUCGUGCAUUCAUCAGCAAAAUCCUCCAAAAGAAUGCAGCGUGGAGACCCUCUGCAGAGCAGCUACUGUCACACCCCUUCAUAUCAAAUAUCCCAAAUGAGAGGGGUGUGACUGAUUCCAUCAAGUGGUACCUGCAUUAAGGAAUGAAGAACUGAAGAAAUAGCAGCCAUCGGGGGAGGGACGGGGGCACAAUUGUAGGGCCCUAAUAUCAUCUUUGGGCCCUGCAGAAAAACAUGGUCCCGAUGGCGGCUUUAGAAGAUUAAGAACAUCAGCUUUAGAAGAUUACCAUCAAUUUGAUAUUUUACAUUUUUCAAUUCAAUAAACAUUUUAAAAUUACAUUGACCUCUAGUGUGUUUUUUUAAUAGGGAGACAUCCCUAAUAACCUCCAAGCCCACUGUUGGCUCAUAUUCAUCUUCCUUUUAAUAUUAGUUCUAAUGACCUGGACACAAUCUCAUUAACACUUAGGGGCAAAAUCACUAACCUCCGGAAAUUUGCCGGCGACGCCUUCACUCACAU